GGACAGCACGCAGGAGAGCGGCGGUUCGCGGAGGGACGAAAAUGACACACCAGUCCGGAUAAAUGGCGAAGUUUAAGAUGAAAGUCCACCAGCACUGGUUGCUUUUUGUUUUGUUUCUUCCUUUCUCAAGUGUUUUAUGUUUCAGUGAGUUGUCCUUCAUCACAGAGCCCAGUGAUGUUACUGCACUACCAAAGGACCCUGCUGUCUUGGACUGUCAGGCUCAUGGGCUGCCUCCAGUCACCAUCAAGUGGCUAAAGGAUGGAGUUCACUUGGCAGAAAGUGAGCACAUCCAGUUUCUGUCAAAUGGCUCCUUGUACAUACCAAAGAUAAAGCAUACCAAGGAGGAAUCAGACGAGGGAUUCUACCAGUGCCUCUCACAAAACAAAUAUGGAGCUAUCCUAAGCCAAAGAUCACGUCUUACUAUCGCAAGUAUCUCAGAGUUUAUGUUGCACCCUGUGCCUAUGGUGGUGACUGAGGGCUCUGUGGCCCGAUUCUCCUGUGCAGCCAUGUCCAGCCCUCCUGCCACCAUCACCUGGGAGCUCAACCAAAGCACAUUACCACUACAAACAGACAGAAUAACGGUUCUGCCCAAUGGAGUUCUUCAGAUCCAAAAUGUUCAGUUGGAAGAUGCUGGACUGUAUCGGUGUGUGGCUACUAACAUUGGUAGCCGUUUGAAGAGUCGAGAGGCAAAGCUGACAGUCAACCAAGGUGUUGGCCUGAAACCACGGCAACGGCCCAGAAUCAUAGCCGGACCUCAGAAUGUCACAGUUUCUCUCCAUCAAACUGUAGUGUUGGAGUGCGUGGCAACAGGGAAUCCCUGGCCCAUCAUCUCCUGGAGCAGAGCUGACAGUAAACCCAUUGAUGUGUACAAUGCCAAAGUGCUGGGCAAUGGGAACCUUGUUAUUACUGAUGUCAAUGCCAAGCACAGUGGAGUCUACCUCUGCAGGGCCACCACCCCUGGAACACGCAACUUCACUAUUGCUGCAGCCAACCUCACAGUUCUAGUGCCACCAUCUAUUGUUGAGAAGCCUGAAAGCCAGACCCGUCCAAGAGCAGGGACUGCCCGGUUUAUGUGCCAGGCAGAGGGAGUGCCCACGCCACGCAUCAGCUGGCUGAAGAAUGGAGAAGAAGUUCACUUAAAUGGGAGGAUUAAGAUGUACAACAGUAAAUUGGUGAUCACCCAGAUCAUCCCUGAGGAUGAUGCCAUCUAUCAGUGCAUGGCAGAGAGUGAACAGGGUUCUGUGCUGUCCUUGGCGCGCCUUAUUGUUGUCAUGUCCGAGGACAGGCCAAGUGCACCAAGAAAUAUCCAUGCUGAGACCAUCUCAAGCUCUGCUAUCCUACUGGCCUGGCAGAGACCUCUCUACAAUGCAGACAAAGUCAUCGCCUACUCCAUCCAUUAUAUGAAAGCUGAAGGUCUGAACAACGAAGAAUACCAAGUUGUUAUUGGAAACGACACAACCAGUUAUAUCAUCGAUGACCUUGAGCCAGCUCGAAACUACAGCUUUUACAUUGUGGCCUAUAUGCCAAUGGGAGCCAGUCGUAUGUCAGACCAAGUCAGUCAACAUACCCUGGAGGAUGUGCCUUUGCGUACCCCAGAGCUUGGUCUGACCAGCCACAGCUCCACAGAUAUCCAGGUGAGCUGGCAGCAGCUGCCUGCCAAGCUGAGCCGCGGACGGGUUUCUGCAUACAGACUCUCUUAUCGUACAGCUGUGGACAACACUGUCAACUCUGUGGAAAUACCUCAGAACAGCACAGAAUAUCUGCUGGAGGGCCUUCAGCCUGACACAAUCUACUUGCUCCGCAUGGCUGCAGCCACCCGUGUGGGCUGGUGUGAGCCUUCUGCAUGGACCUCACACCGUACGCCCAAGAUUUCCAGCAGCAAAGUGCCUUCAGCCCCUAUUCUUCAACUUGAGCCCCUGAACUGCACCUCCAUUGUGGCACGCUGGCAAAUCUCCCAAGAAUCUGUGGCUGUCCAGGGUUACAGGCUGUGUUACCAUGAGGAGGGCCAACCAGAGCAGCCCAUCAUCCAGCUGCAAGCUCAAAACUAUACGCACACCAUCAGUGGCCUUGAUCCAAGAAGAAAGUAUCAUGUCAAGAUUCUUGCUGUCAGUGAAGCUGGAGAAGGCUAUCAAACGGACCAAACAGUUAGCACGCCGGGAUGUGUGUCGGCUAGAGAGCAGCCUGCAGUAUCUCCUCCACCUCCUGAUCUUGUGACGGUCUUAGGGAACAAUUCGUCUUCGGUCUCUCUUCGCUGGAGCCGUCCUGCUUUCCCCUCAGGAAAGACUGUUAGCUAUACAGUGCGUUGUACACCUGUGGGAACUCACAAUGCCUCUGCUAUACGCUACAUACAAAUUACCAAACAGAGUGUGAUGGUUCAGAACUUAAUUUCAAACACUCGCUAUGAGUUUGUUGUGCGUCUCCACGUGGACCAGAUGUCGAGUCCCUGGAGUUCUGUAGUUUACCAUCGGACCCUGCCAGCAGCACCUAGCCAGCCACCUGCAGGAGUGCGAGUAACUGUCAUAGAGGACGACACUGCUCUGGUGUCCUGGAGGGAGCCGACAGAGACCAAUGUGGUGGUUACUCACUAUACCAUCCUGUACGCUUCCCAGAAAGCCUGGCUGUCUGGACACUGGCAAAUUCUACAGAGGGAGGGAAGCCAUACGAUGGCUCUGUUGGAGAAGCUGGAGCCAGGGAACGUCUACGUGGUAAAAAUCUCAGCCUCAAACCAGGUUGGAGACGGGCCUUUCUCUAACAUUGUGGAGCUGGCAUUAAAGCGUGGACCUGCCCACCGCAGCAAGAACCCCAGGCACUCUGACAGCUUCCCAGAUCCAACAAUCUUAUCUGAUGGUCUCUACCACAUAGACCAAAGGUCUAUGACAGGGAUCAUUGUUGGUGUGAGCAUCGCCUUGGCCUGUAUUGUUAUGUGUGCCUUGAUCCUCAUCAGUAAGGGCAGACCAAGAAAAUCCUCUGGUCACAAAGUCAUUGCUGUGGGAGUUACUGAAGAUCCACGUUCUGGUUUGGCCCUGCCAAAUGAACGCCAUGCAGAGAAUGUUGAGGCUCUUAUACCCAUGAUGCGUGAACACUAUUUUAAUGCCACGGAUGGAUCCAGUAUGGUCAUAAAUAGUGCUGGACCAGUCAGUAGCAAGAAUCAAAACAAUAGAUGGCUUCUCUUCCAGAGGGAGAAUCCAGCUGAAAGUGAUCUUGAGAGACGAGCAAGCUUGUAUGAAGCUGGAAAAACUGUUCUGAGAUAUGAUGAGCAUUUAGGCGCAGCGCCCCUUCCACCUUCGUCUCGGGAGAUCAUCUACGGACCUUUUCACUCGGAGAGCUCUCACAGCAGCGAGGGAAGCCAAGAGACAGGAGACUCUGGGCACUACUCUAACGAAGAAAGCAAUGAAGAAAUGAGCAACCCUUCCACCAGCCAACGCUCCAGACCUGAAUCCUUUGGAUCAGACGAUGUUGCCACUGUGGCUGAGCUUAAGCAGUCUUUUCAAGUGGAAAAUGAGGAGAUGCCGAGCCGUCCCCUCCAUCACUCCUCCACCGCUGCUGAUGCUCAGCUCUGCUCAACCUCCCAGGGCUCCCAUCCUGACCCGCACACUUCCCCAGCAGUCUGCUCCUGACAUCACCUGGACCUGAUCUGUCUCCAGCAGCCGGAGCCGAGCCACUGCUACAGCGUUGGCUUCCUCGGUUGAGCCUCUCAGUUAUAUCCUGCAGCACAAGGGAUCAGGAAGCCAGCUGCUGCUACAGACGGAACGUGCUCUGCAUCGGACCUACCUCAGGAUUAUGUAUGAAUGUUUGUUAUAACAUUUUAUUUCCAUUCUUUUUUUAACAACUUUCUACCUUUUUGUCUGUGUUGGGCAUUGUCUGUCCUAAACCAAAGCUCACCCAUGAUGAAUGUUAAAAAGAAUGUCAAAAAAUGUACAGUGAUACAUUGUCAUUAUAUUUAAUUACUUUCCACUGGAGCAGAGGGUGUGUUUGAGCCCUUUUGACUGAUUUAUCUACCUCUGUGUUCUGUUUUUAUACAUACAUUACUACCUCAUUUUCACCACAUACGGUGCAGUAAUAUCUCAGACUCAGGGGACAAGGUGAAACAUUUUGUUGCCAUGUCUUUUUUUCUUUUUUUUUUCUUUUUGUCUGAAGGUUCUCAUAUUUUAAAAUUCUUUUAACUUUUGUUUUCACGGUUGAAAGAGCUUUCGUUUCAUGUCGUCUUUGAAUGGUGUAUGUUGUGAAAGAAACAAGUGCAUUAGAUAUUGUCAAACUAUUUGAGCUUUAUCAAAAAAAUAGGCUUUGGCAUUUUCAGUGCAUUGAACCCAAAGCUUUAACUUGGCCUUAAUAUCAAAAAAGGGCUUUGCAUACUAAAGGAGAUGAGAUCCAAAGAUGUGAAAUAUUGUACCCAAAGAGUUUUGAUAGUACAAAGAUAUUCUAAAGCAACCAAAAAUAUAAUGGAUGUAUAUUGAGGGUGCGUUUGCCAAAAUAUUGUCCUUACCAAUGAUGUAAAUUUCCCUUAGAAUGAUGGUUUGAAUGCUUUUCUCAGUGUAAAUUUUCUUGAUGCUUUAUUCUGGUGAAAGCUUUAGCACGAGUCUUCGUGGCCUGUGUUCCAUUUGCCUUCUUGACCAUUGCUAAAUGCAGCGGUGAUGCCGAUGCUAUUAUCCAAAGAGUUGUCUGCUUCCUCAGAAGGGUAUGGCUUUUCAUGCAGUUGAUCCUUGGUGCCAUGAGGUGGAAAUUAUUGACACAAGACCAAAGAUCCAAUGUGUCCUGCCAUUGAUGGAUGAUAAUAUUUAUUCUUUGUGCAGAGAAUCAUCUGUUACAGUUCACCAAUAUUGCUGUACACAGGGACUUCCUCUCCCUUAGAUUUCCUGUCCAGGUGCGACAAUGAAGGAUUCUGACUAUCAAAAUGGAAACCCAAUGUGUGAAGAGCAACAUAAUCAAUUUUUAUAUCUUUGUAAUACAAAUAAUGCUAACCAAAGAAACCUUGAAGUCUCUGUUAUUUAGUGAUUUUCUUUGGUUUUCAUUUACAUUCUUUACAUUUAAAUGUGAUAUGAUUUCAAAAUGGUUUUGAUUGCUAGAGGGGCAUUUUUACUUUUUUAAAGCUUGAGAUGUCAUAAACAGUUCUGCUGUCUUUUUAUCACCACAAGAUUUCACCUGAUACUUAGGAUACAUUGUCUUCUUAGCAUGGUGUUGUGAACAAAAUCGUUUUCCCAGUUUUAAUGUGACAUUUUAGUAAAUUGAUUAGUCUGCGUUCAAGUUCAACGUUUGUCUGUGUAGCGCAUUAUUAUAAAAGGUUAAUUUGAAAGCCACAGAUGACUUUGCUGACUUAACUCAGGUGCCAAAUGUAGAUUUUACAGUGUAGACUAAAAUGUUAUUAUUUAAGUUAUGGUUUUCUGAUAUUUCUGCUUUUUGAAUAUCAAACUACAUCUUUUAUCCCAAAGAGAGCAACAGAACAAAUGAUUGUAUGUGUUGAAAUGUUGCAACAGACUUUUUUGAUACUCAAGAUGAUCACAAAUACUAGAUAAUAAAAUUGUUCUUGGA